UUUUAAAAUGAUUUAAUGUAUUUUAUUUUAGGUGUACCGACUGUACCAUUGUUGCCGCCACAAGUAAACCAGUCCCUUGCUUCUGUGCCACCAAUGAACCCAGCUGCCACAUUACCAAGUCUGAUGCCUUUGUCAGCAGGGCUGCCUAGCCUCCCCAACCUCCCCAGCCUCUCCAACUUCAACCUCCCUGCUCCGCACAUCAUGCCAGGGGUCGGCUUGCCAGAGCUCGGGAAGCCGGGUUUGCCACCUCUUCCGUCCUUGCCUCCCCGAAACUUACCUGGCAUUGCACCUCUCCCCAUGCCGUCCGACUUCCUCCCGUCAUUCCCUUUGGUUCCAGAGGGCUCUUCUGCAGCCAGCGCAGGGGAGCCACUGUCUUCCCUUCCUGCCAUGGGCCCACCUUCUGACCCUGUCAUGACUACUGCAAAGGCAGACACCUCCUCCCUCACUGUGGAUGUGAUGUCUCCUGCUUCCAAGGUCCCCACCACUGUUGAGGACAGAGUGAGCGACUGCACCCCAGCCAUGGAGAAGCCUGUGUCUGCAGUUACGGAUGCAAGUGCUUCUGAGGCUUCUUAACUUGGAAUCAACCUUCAGAACUGAUGUGGUCUGUCUAUUUAACCGUGGGAUCAUAUCUGGAAUCGCAAACUACCAUUGAUUUCAUCUAGUUUGUACGUAUCUGUAGGGGUCCUGUACAUAAUUCUAAGGGGAAACUGCGCAAGAGUCUGAGCGCUGUCUCCCACCAAGUUGGGGGAAUUACAGCCAAGGAGGGGAAUCUGAGAAUGUGCUUGUAUUUUAAACAACCAAAAAAAGUUGUUAUGGGUGGCUUGCUGCCAGGCAUCUGCUGCCAUUCUGGGAUGUACGUCUUUGGAAGAGACGGCGGGGCCUACUAGAAUCCCUGUACCACUGCUACGCCUUGUGUAAGGAGAUGAGAUAUUUUAUGCCUAGUGCCCACACGCAACAUUUCUUGUACUUUGUAAGUCGUUUGCAAGAACACAGACCACCUCACUAAACUGUAAAAGGAAACAAGAAUUUAAUGUUGGUCUCUGUGAGUCGCAUCUCUGUUAAGGUUUACACAGAACUCCCAGUCGAAGAUGUUUUGUUCCGGUUACAUGGCACACUGUUAAUUGAACAUCUUUUUAUUCUGCCUGUACACAGAUCUUGUUUUGAACUCAGAAUUACUCAGACACCGUUUUGUAGCUGCUGCUGUUGCUUUAGAUGCCCGUGGUAAGAUGGCAUUAAAGAGAAAUAGAGGAGGGCUGCACUCUGUAGCUACUUCAUGGUAUGGCGACCCUGGGAGAGCGAAGACGGCAAUAAACUUCAGUCGCUUUGUGUUCUCCUUGUGCUGUA